AGAGCGACCGAGUGGUUGCUGAGAGAUGACCACCACCAUCAUCGGCUCGGAGUGCUGGCUUCAUCAGGUUCAUCUCGGAGGACUUGGGCCGAAGGCACGAAGGCCCGAGCCAUGGACUGGGAUGAUCGGUAAUGCCGUUAUACAUGAUUCCAGUGAGCGCCGGGUAAAGCUCGAGAAUGUGCUCAAACGGGCUGCCUCUGGACAGACCCUGAGCGACAAGACGCCUGCCAACAGCAGGUACGGUAGCUUUGGGCAGUUGCAGAAGAGCCCUGAAGGACUCCAGCUGAUCCUGACCAAGUCAGGCAUUGCCUGGGUGUCGGAAGAUGGUAGAGAACACGAGAUCAUCCCUUUACUCCUAGCCGAUGUGGUUUAUGCCGAAGUUGCACAAAAAUUUAGUUUCACCACGCCGGACGCGACACACUUGAUUGCCAUCGCCCCGCGGAUUCAAAGCCUAGCAGCAGUCUGGCUGCUUUGCACCAAUGCAGGGACAGGUGACUUCAGCUUGGAUCACCUGAUGAUUAGCUUUAGCAGGCGCGGAGCCAUCCGCUGGGACAUCAAGGACUGCUGUCACUUCUCCGCCAAGUGCUGUGGUCAGGGAGCACACGGCUCAGUUUUUAGCGGCGUGUCUUUGCUCCCGCUCUAUGAUUCCCGCCAGCGGCUCCUUCCUGAGAAGCGAGAUGUCAUCAACAUGCAAAAAGUUCACAACUUCGGGCGAGUUGCUGUGAAGAUCUGGAACAAACCACCCAUGAGCAUGAUUCGACAGGAGGUCUAUGCGCUGCAAGCAGCAGCGGGCCACCCAAACAUUUGCUCCCUACUAGGUUUGUAUUGCGAAGGCCCACGGCGGAAGACCGCAGUGAUUUGGCUACUGGCCUUGGAGCACUGUACCGGUGGAGAUCUCUUUGACUUGAUCAGAGACAACUACAUCUCGCAACUUCAAGUGAUGGAUAUCCUUUUUGGCUUGUUUUCAGCCCUGGCGCAUGUCCAUUCCCUCCAGUUAGUUCAUCGCGAUAUCAAGGCUGAGAAUGUGGUGCUGAAGAAGCACCACGCCGUCCUGAUUGACUUCGGCAUCUCAGCCAAUGUGAACGAUGAGCAGGAGAUGAUGCGGCCCGUGGGCUCUCCAGGCUACGCGGCGCCCGAAGUCAUCGCCCUGGUGCCGGAACGCUACAACGAGAAGGUAGAUGUUUUCGCCACGGGUGUCCUUUGCUAUUUCAUGCUUUUUCGGACCUUGCCCUUUUGGGCUGACACUCAAGAGGACAUCCUGAAUAAGACUCGUGCCUGCGAGGUGCACUACCCCGACGAGGAGUCCCGACCGGUGAGGCCCGAGUUGAUUGGGCUCAUGGAUCACUUGAUCCAGAAGAAGCCGGAGGACCGGCCUUCUAGCUUGGAAGCUUUCUUGAAGCUACGAGAUUCAGCACCCGAUGAGGUCCUGCAGGACAAGGGUGGCCGGGCUUAUCGCGCGGCCCUCGCUGGGUUGGUCAAACUUGGCCACCUACCAGCUUCAGCAGCAGGUGCCGAGAGCUUUGAAGAAUUUUCUGAAGAGAGCCCCGACGUGUCGGAACUCCCGUCCACUCAGACCACCACGGAGAGGCCCUCGGUGUGGCGGACCGUGACAGGGAGUGCCCUGAGGCAGAUUAGCUCCUUCCGCUUGCCUCGGGUGCGGCCCACGCUUUCCAAGGUUUUGGGGAUAUUUCACUCGUCCUCACGCCUGGCCCUACCGGGACCCGUGACGGGGAAGCGCUCCAAGACCACGGACGAUGCCCGCAGGUCGUUGGUGGCUUCUCCAGAGUCCAACCCGAACGAGGACCAGGAAGGGCACGCCUUCGAUGACACCAACCUGGCGCUGCAGGCUGCAGAGGCCGCGACUCCCACGGUCAAGGGCCACAGUGAACAUGAAGCAUCCACUGCCGCGGGCUCCGAAAGCUUCUCCGUCUCGCGGUUCACCGAGUCGGGGAAAGGUUCGAAAGACCGUCUCGGCAGCAAGUCCUCAUAUCCAAAGGCUUCAGGAUCUUUAUCACUGGACUCGCAUGUGGACGAGCAGAUAUCAAAAUCCCCUAAUUUGCCUGUGCACAUGGAGGAGGACGAAGAACAGAGCUCCUUCAAGGAAGCGGGACAUCAUGUCGAGGAGGAUGAGCUCUUGGGGAAGGUUGACGAUGUUGAUUCAUUGAUGGAAUCCGAGGCGGGUCGAUCAUGUCGACCAAAUGCAGUCUCUCCUGAACUUGCGGAAGCUCCGCCCCUGGAAGCCAUGGGGGUGAUCGCAGCACCUGCAGCUCCCAGCACACAGCCUCCUGCCCUGGUGCCGGUGGCGCCCACCUCCCCUGCGCCGGCCGUGCCGAAGCAUCGACAACGGGGUUUAGCUGUUUUUCGCACCUUGCUCAGUGCACAGGAGCAAGGAAGCUGAGGUAGCAGACGAUCCGCUCGGCCCGCGCGAAAACGGCGCGAUCUCGGGGCACGGCCUCCGUUCCGUCGGCCAAGCCGCGGCGGCAAACCCGUGCCACGCAGACCCAGCCAAGCCGAGACGCAUUUUUGUCGGCGGCUGGGGUGAACCGAUCGGAGAUCGGAAAGGGUGUGAAGAUGUGCAGAAAAUUCUUUGACCACGGCUGCACACAAUCUCCAUUUCACAACCUUGUGCGAUUUGAGCACCUGCCACCCUGCACAUGUGCUCUAAUUAUUGCACAUUUGUCUUGGCAGCCUUGGUCUGCUGUACUUUCAGACCAGCGCCCGUCAACUCUUUUGACAACAAGAAUCCACACGCUUUGCAGCGCUUGAUCUGGACAAAGUGGUUGCUGCCU